ACGGAGAGUUGGCUUUUCUCACAAAAUCAAAGUCUCACAUCUGAAAGAUACGGCCUCUGGGUUAUAAAUUUCUAAAAUUUCAUGAAAUUUAAAAUCAUCUCUGAAAGACAGAGAGAGAGAGAGAGAAAAUUGGAGAGACUCGGAUUCGGAGAGAGUGAGAGAAGAGAGUGCCGGGUUGUGACGUUUGGAAAGUUUUCUCCUCGUGCAGCCUCCAGAGUUUUUCCCGUUUUUCCUUUAAAUUAUGGAUCCUGAUUUCAUCGAAGCACUACAAUGUGUUGGGUACACUGGCAACUGCAGUGCAGUGUUCCAGGAAAAGACCCUCAAUGAGGAUGCACGAAAGCUGCUGGUUUGGCUGACGAAUGAGAUUCGUGUUCUGGGCAAUAUUGAUGAGCAAUUGUCCGAUGAUGGUGAUGUUGACUCCUUCCGGAUGACUCUGUCGAGUUUCCUCAAAGAGAUGAAGUGUCCUUUUAGCAGUCUGACAGACGGCAUGGACAAGAAUCGCUUCAAUACUCUUGAGUCUCUUACACUACUCUUUUCUUUCCUGGUCAAUGAACUCAUGGCACUGAAAAUGGUGAGGGCAAAUAAGCCCAAAGACACCAGCAACGUGAUAACUUUGGAAGAAUCUCCCACGGCGGCUGCCCUGAAAGAGCUGGCAAUGGGUUUAGGAAUGGGAAAGCCUCCGGAGAAUUUCCCAUGCAAAGCCCUGUUUGACAAGAUUGACUCGCGUCUGGCUGAGGUGAUGCAGAAAGCUGGACCGAAGCGAGUGGGUAAACCUCUGUUUAAUCCCAUGAAUACCCUUUCGGGAGAGCAGUGGCAGAAACUCGUGAAACUUCAGCAAGAGCUUGAUCUGGAGUAUGAUCUGCGACGAAAGAUGCUUCUCACGCGACUCGAUGUAACUGUGCAGUCUUUCCAGUGGUCAGAUAGGCUCAAGAGUAAAGGAGAUGAGAUCUAUCAGAGGUACAAUCUGAAGAGACAGCAUCUGGAUACUCUGCAGACCGGCGGCAAGGACACUGAUAUCUCUGCUCUGCUGGCAGCUCGGAAUCAUCUCGUGAUAAUUGAGAAGACCAGCAGUGCUGCUGUUAGGAGAAACACUCGCAGCAAAAUUCAGAGGCACAUCAUUGGGCAGGUUCCAGAUCGGGGUGGUAGGGCUUGGGAAUAUGCAGUUCCGCCUCCAGAGAUGCCUUCGUGGCAGAAGAAUCGUUCAACGGGCGGCGGAGGAGGUGGACGUGGAGGAGGAAGGGGCGGCGGCGGUGGUGGGGGCGGAGGCCGAGGAGGAUUCCAGCAAAAUCAGGGCUACUCGAACUAUCAGCAACAGCAGCAGUACUCGAACUAUCAGUCGCAGGGCAACAACCAAUUCUACGAUAACCGUUCCGAUGGUGGCCAGCAUCGUGGCGGGGGCCAUCAGGGUGGUGGUAGUCGCGUUCAAGGCGGCUGGUCACAGAAAGGCUCAGACAACUACCGUCGUGACAACUACGGCAAUAGAAAUCAACAAGACUACCAGGAUCAGAACUACCAGAGAGGCCAUAAUCAAGGGAACUACAAUCAGCAGUGGGGACAGAAUCAGGGGAGUAACAACCAGGGAGGCUACAAUCAAGGUGGCUACAACCAGGGACGUUCUUCCAAUUAUCGUGGAGGUCGCCGCUAGUGAAUCCCCAGAGCACGCCACACCCGGUAAAUCGUAAACUCAACUAUCCAAUCUCAAUUCUUAUUAAUUUAUUAGCGUGUCAGGGAGAAUCACACAUUCUUCUUUAUUUUGCAUCAUAAAAUUUGUCUGCCUAUUUGUAAAAA